CGACACAGUGACGCCAUCAUCAGUGGACGAGGGAGUCUUACAGGAAUCGGUGGGAUAAAGGCGAUCGCGCUUUAACGGAGAAGCAUCGGAGUCGUUCGCCGUGUCCCUGGCGUUCUUUAAAUCGGUCACAUAUUAUUUCAGGGAGAUUUUAGCUUUUGCGGAAGAUAAAUAAAUAAUAAAGCUCUCCCUGGUGCGUGGGUUGGAAGGGCUGGCGUAACGCUACUACUUUAUUUCAACGGAUGAAAAUGUUUGGCUUGAGCUUGUAAAACUUCAACACGUUUACCAAAGGAUCGUUUCAUCUGUCUUUCGGGCAAACCGGCGAGGAGAAGAGGAGAGACCGGUGGCCGUAAUUGGACUCUGGAUAGGAUACCUGGGGGAACUAACUGUCUCUGUGCACACGGGAGCCUAAUUUUCCUUCGCCUUUCCAUCCGUUUCCAGGAAGUCAGAGGUGGGGAACCACAUUUGAAGGACUGAGCUGCCAGACCUGUGAAUCCAGCACUGAGACUAGCCAUUUAAACAUGUAUCCAGAACUUCUGACCUUCAGGACCCCAGCUUACAGAACAUAGACUCACUCAGGCCUAAAAAUGCAGAAACCUAUGAGAAGCAAGCAGCAACUGUGAAGCAUACUAAACCAAAUUACUGUUGUUAAGAAUGCCAAGUCUUUGUCCUCCUCAGACAGCCUAGCGAAGGUGCAGGAGGUAGCAAGCUGGCUUUUGGAAAUGAACCAGGAUCUGCUGUCGGGGGGCAGCGGCAGCAGGGCGGCCCAGCAGCAGAGGCAGAGGCCUGGGGCAGCGGGGGCAGGUAACAGCACCUCCGGCCGCACACCUCAGCCCCAGGCGGAGCACAUGAACCGGGUGCUGGAGGAGCAGGAGCAGGAGCCGCCGCAGCAGCAACAGAGAAGAGAACCGGGCGAGGAGGAGGAGGACGGUGGUCGAGAGCGGCCGAGGGAGGCGGAGGAGGAGCCGUGGCCUUCCGGGGGUGAUCCGGUGGAGGAGGGCCGGAGGAGCGAGGUGAACGGAGCCGAGAAGGGCGCCCAGUGGAUGUGGGAGCAGGAGCAGCGUCGGAGGCACAGGCGGCAUCGCGAGGAAGAGGAGGAGAACGACGAGGAGGAGAACAAUAACGCCGGAAGGGAAGGACAGGUCGGGGUGGGACUUCGUUCAGAGGAAGACGACGACCGGCCGGAGGAUGAGGAGGAUGGCGAGGAGGAAAUGGACCAGGACAGCGACGAGUUUGAACAUUCGGAAGAGAGUGGGAGGGAAGAGGAGGAGGAGGAGGCUGAAGAUGAGGAGGAAGGAGAGGAAGGCCUCCACUCUCCCUCCCUCAGGACCGGUGUAUCGGACCUUAAUGAUAACACGGACCAGUCCUCUAAACGACAACACCAAAGCUCACCCUCUGUCUGCAAGAAUAAGAUGAAGAGGAAGUUGGACCAUGGCUCCGAGGUUCGACCUUUCCCUUCAGGAAAAAAGCCCUGUCCAAGUCCCACAGGACUGCCGUACCCAGCCACCCCCACCACGUUUCGGGACAUUCGAGCGGUCAAUGGGCAGGGUCAGCAGAGACGACGCAUCACAUCCAUCCAGCCCCCCACAGGUCUGCAGGAGUGGCUCCGCACCUUUCAGAGUUGGAGUGGCCCAGAGAAGCUGCUUGCUCUGGAUGAGUUGAUUGACAGCUGUGAGCCCACGCAGGUCAAACACAUGAUGCAGGUGAUCGAACCACAGUUUCAGAGAGACUUCAUCUCGCUCCUGCCCAGAGAGUUGGCCUUACACGUGUUGUCAUUUCUGGAGCCAAAGGAUCUCCUUCAGGCAGCUCAGACUUGUCGUUACUGGCGUAUUCUAGCAGAGGACAACCUGCUCUGGAGGGAAAAAUGCAAAGAAGAAGGUAUUGACGAACCCUUGCACAUAAAGAGAAGGAAGGUUAUCAAGCCAGGGUUCACACACAGUCCCUGGAAGAGUGCCUACAUUAGACAACACAGAAUAGACACCAACUGGAGGAGAGGAGACCUCAAAUCACCAAAGGUGUUGAAAGGCCAUGACGACCAUGUCAUCACCUGCCUCCAGUUCUGUGGAAACCGCAUAGUGAGCGGCUCAGACGACAACACACUCAAAGUAUGGUCAGCUGUUACUGGGAAGUGUUUGCGGACGUUAGUCGGCCACACCGGUGGGGUCUGGUCCUCUCAGAUGCGAGACAACAUCAUUAUCAGUGGCUCCACAGACCGAACACUUAAGGUCUGGAAUGCAGAGACGGGAGAAUGUAUUCACACGCUGUACGGUCAUACCUCAACAGUGCGCUGUAUGCACUUGCAUGAGAAAAGGGUUGUGAGCGGUUCCCGGGACGCUACGCUGCGGGUUUGGGAUAUAGAGACGGGUCAGUGUUUGCACGUGCUCAUGGGACACGUAGCGGCUGUUCGCUGUGUACAGUAUGACGGCCGCAGGGUGGUCAGCGGCGCCUAUGACUUUAUGGUGAAAGUGUGGGAUCCUGAAACCGAGACCUGCCUACACACACUCCAGGGGCACACCAACAGAGUCUACUCUCUACAGUUUGACGGCAUCCACGUGGUGAGCGGUUCAUUGGACACGUCAAUUCGGGUGUGGGAUGUAGAGACUGGAAACUGUAUUCACACGCUCACAGGUCAUCAGUCUCUCACCAGCGGCAUGGAGCUCAAAGAUAACAUCCUAGUCUCUGGAAAUGCAGACUCCACCGUCAAGAUCUGGGACAUUAAGACCGGCCAGUGCCUACAAACACUGCAAGGUCCCCACAAGCACCAGAGUGCAGUAACAUGCCUGCAGUUCAACAAGAAUUUUGUCAUCACCAGCUCUGAUGACGGUACGGUGAAGCUGUGGGACCUUCGGACGGGCGAGUUUAUCCGUAACCUGGUCACACUGGAGAGCGGGGGCAGCGGGGGCGUGGUCUGGCGUAUCCGCGCCUCCAAUACCAAACUGGUUUGCGCUGUGGGCAGCCGUAACGGCACAGAGGAAACCAAGCUCCUGGUGCUGGACUUCGACGUGGACAUGAAGUGAAGGGGGUGAACUUUAAAGGGACUUGUUUGGAAAACGGGGAGGGUGGGGGAGAGCAACCUGCCCCGGGUCUCUCCGCGUCAGGACCGAUCGCUCACUUCCCCGAUAUGUUGCCGCCAACAUUUCUCCCCAUCUUGCCACGGUCCACGACUGCCGCCACAGUUCCGUUCACCUUCCGAAGGGGGGGGUGGGGGCAGACGCUCAUGCACCACAGCAUUCUGGGAAGAAAACUGACGAGAAGGACUUGGGAAAACAGGAUAGUCCCUUUUCCUACCACUCAAGGCGACCUUGCACAGAGACUUGUUCGUUCAAGCCUGACUGAAAUUCACACCCAUAUGUACAAACAUUAUUUUUUUGAUCAAAACAGUCAACACUGUAUACAUGAGACCCUAACGCAUCAACACGGACACGGAGUGAUAAAUAGUGUAUACAAAUUAAAUUUUAAAGGAGAAAGAUGAGAAUUUGAAGAGCCUUGUAUUGCGGGAGUGAUUCGAGCGUGAGAGACAAAGGAAGCCAAUUUUGUCAGUCCUCAUCAACCUCAGCACACGCCAAAUAUCCCUUUCUUCCUCACGUGUUGAAUUUCUUUUGUAUCCGUUUUUUCAGUUGUUUUUUUUCCCCCCUUUUGUUGCCCACGACUUGUCUUUUGGUUUUCGCGUCAACAGCUGUGAAUUAAAGUUUUGUGCUUUCUUUUCAA